AUGGCAGUGUGGCUUUUUGUUUUGGCGCUUGUGCUCAACUGUAUCAACCUGUUCGCCCAGGUUCAUUUCACGAUUCUCUACGCGGAUCUGGAAGCCGACUACAUCAACCCUAUCGAGCUAUGUUCCAAGGUGAACAAGCUGAUCACGCCGGAGGCGGCGCUGCAUGCGUUCAUUUCUAUCUCAUGCCUGCUGACUGGUCACUGGUUCGUCUUUUUGAUCAACUUGCCUCUAUUGGCGUUCAACGCAAACAAGCACUACAAGAAGAUGCAGCUGCUGGAUGCUACCGAAAUCUUUAGAACCUUGGGUAAACACAAGAAAGAGAGUUUCCUGAAGCUGGGCUUUUACCUGCUGAUGUUCUUCUUCUACCUAUACAGAAUGAUCAUGGCAUUGAUUGCGGAGGCCGACUGA